UCGUUUCACUCGAUUGGCUGCAUUCCGAACGAACACUUGUUCCGUUCCCUUUUCCUUCCCUACCUCGACGAUGGAUCGUCCGAUCGAACGCUUGUUCCAUCCCUUCUCCAUCGAGAAUGGAUCGUCCGAUCGAUCGCCAUGGUCGGAGUUGAGCUGUUUGCGAUCGGCAUUGCCUCCUCACAUUCUUCCGCUUGGAUGCGAUUCCCCAUGGACUCGUUCGCCCGGGCGAAGACGGUGCGGCUUCGGAGCUACCAGGAGAAGUACCUUGCGGCAGAGGAUGAUGGGGAGCACGUCUCCCAGAAACGCGAUAGCUCUGGCCUCUCCUCCCUGUGGGCGGUCGAGCUUGUCGACGACGCCCCUCACGGCAUCCGCCUACGAAGCUCCCUGUGCGGCCGCUACCUCACCGCCACCGACGAGUCCCAUCUCUUUGGCGUCAACGGAAAGAAGGUCCGCCUAACACUUCCACCCCACCUGGACUCCUCCCUCGAGUGGGAACCCUCCCGCGACGGCGCCCAGAUCAAGCUCAAGAACCGCUACGGUAGCUACCUCCGAGGCAAUCGCGGUCCCCGGCCCUGGCGCAACUCUGUCACUCACGACGUCCCCCAUCUUCACCAUGACUGGAUUCUGUGGAGCCUAGAGAUCGCUGAGCCCCUUCCGACGGAGAUCGCGUCCCCGACAUCGUCCGACGCCGAGUCAUCUCCUUCAGCUUCUGGCUAUCUGCACAAGGUUGAAGACCGGAGCAUCUUUUAUGCCGUUGCAGAUGACGAGGGAAAUGUGGACGACAGUGUGGAAUGGCCUGCCUUCACUUUUAAUGGGACGAGCGUACCAGAGUUGACUGAGAAACUGAAAGAGAAAACUCACCUUGCUGAUAUAGUUGUUUGCCCCAGGAAUCCACUGAACCAUCAACUGAUCCCUCUUCUUCUGCAGUUGCCACCAAACAAUGCGACAAUGCGUCUUGUGAUUGUUGAAGCCCAUUCAAGAGCGGCAAAGAAGUUCGACCUUGAAAAGGAAGGAUUUGGAUACAGCUGAUAAUGAGCAUCGUUUUCCUGGAUCUGCCAUUUUAAGUCAUCUGCAACACAGUUUUCACCUCUUCUUGAGCUGUUAUGGAUCUUUUUGUACAUCUGUUUUCCUAAUGGUUCUCAAGUAAUGACUGCGCUCAAGUAAUAAGGACUGCACAGGUACUGGAUGAGCCAUUGACAAUGAUAACUUCAAUUUUGUAGGUUUCAUUCUAUUAUUAAUUCUCUUGUUUGUAGUAAAUAGAGAUUUUUUUUCCUCUUGUUUUUUGUUUUUUUGUUUUGCUAGACUAUUUCCUUUGUUUCUUAGGUGCG